UGUCUCGGUCAGGGUCCAAACGGUCGCCUUAACACCAUGAGACGCUUGUCAUGAGAUGGCCCGUUAGUUUGAGUAAAGAAAUGUCUGCUUCUUUCCUACACUGCACUGUCUGUAAUUUAGCUUGCAUUUCAUGUCCUCGUUUUCAUUGUUCUUAGAAUAGAAACGAUACCUUUUCACACCCUUCGACUCUCGCACAUGGCUGUCCACCUAUAAAAGCGCAGUUGGGUGAUCAAUGAUUAGCAUAAAUGCUAAGGGUUCGCCUGCUGUUGUGUCCAGUCUCCAUAGUUACUUUCGCGGGGUAAAUCCGCGCCUGCACUUGAAAGGAAACCAAGGGGAGUCAGCGACAACGAGUUAAAACACAGACGCAGAAGUUCACAGACAUGGCAGUGGUUUAUAAAGUCUCCUCAACAGAGAGAUUGCAGCUGAUGGAACGCGAGCUGUCAUCUCAGUUGUCCGCUCUGAAAACAGAGAUAGAAGAAAAUGGAGUUUUACAAGGGACACCAGCAAAGUCAUACAGCUCUGUGCCCAUUCCAAAGGACAUGUCCUACUUCAGACAAGAGAGAGAGCUGGUGCUGAGACGAGCCUUACAGGUUGCGGCCGCCAGACCUGUCUUGGUGCAGGCGGAUGCAAUGCAGAGGGAGCUGGAGAGCUGCCUGAGCCGGGAGUACACUCCAGAGAGCCUUCCCUUGCUGCUGCACCAGUUUUACACAGACCGCAGCUACCAGCUCGCACAGUGUAAAUACCAGUACAUGCUGCGAUGGAGGAGGUUCUGUCGACACUCCAGCAUCAUUGAACAACUGUAUCCUCUGUAUAAGCACGUUCUGGAAAAGAUUAAAUUCGUAAUGACUGGGGAGUUUCCUCAAGCCAUCACAUCACAGAAAAAUCAAGAGCAUGUCAUAUCAUCACUGUCUGUUCGUUGUGACCACACAUUUGUCCAUUCUCCUGUUUUGGAACAGCCAGGUAGGGGUAGAUUUGCGUUUGUCCUGAUUUUUAAACUUGUACAUUUCAUUUAUCUUCUGCAGGUGUUCUGUUAUUGAUAUUGUGAGA